ACACCCGUUGUGAAGUAGACCCAGCACUGGUACAUGUAUUGAGAACACACAAAAAUGAAGUCCCUGAUGAAGAAUUUGUUAGCACGUGUUUGUUGAUGGUAUUUGUAGCUGUAUCCAUUCCCAAGCUAGCUCGUAUGGAUAGUACGGUUUAUAAAACAGCAUAUGGUGCACAUGCAAAUAAUUCCCAUUGUUUGGCUCAGGCUGUGAAUACCCUGUUUGCAGCAUUAUUCACAUACUGUGGGAGAGCACAAGACAUUGAGGAGAGGUUGAAAGAAUUUUUGGCUUUAGCAUCAUCAAGUCUCCUUCGAUUGGGAAGAGAGAAUGAUAAAGAUGUCAUCAAGAAUCGAGAUGCUACAUAUAUUUUGCUACACCAAAUUGUUGUACAGUCUCCAUUCCUGACCAUGGAUCUCUUGGAGGCCUGCUUCCCAUAUGCCCUCAUUCGGAAUGCAUACCAUGCUGUUCAUAAGGCCGAGCAAUAACAUUCUUCUUCUUUGUUAGAUAUUAAUAAGAAAUGAAAGUAAUCUGACCUGAUUUUUAAGAAUGCUUUAUAUAUGAAAUUUUAGGUACUGUAUAUAUUAGUGUCCACAUUGCUUAUAUGUCCUUGUAGUAAUAAUUUAACCUUCCUUUGUUCUUUGUAUACCUUUAUGUAAUGUAAUUUAAGUAUGUAUCCCAAAGAAUGCUUUUGUUUUGAAAAUAGAACCCUUCAAAGAUGUUUAAGUUAGAUACAGUAGUUCAUCAGCUGACUUUAACUGGAUAUUGUUUAAACAAAUUAAUCUUUAUUUGAAUUUCUCUUUAUGUAAAAAUUAAUAGUUCAAAUGCUUCUUGCUUUUUUUUUUAUUGUACUUGCCGUUAGUGCAGUUUUCUAAGAAGUCAGCAUUUGAAUGUAUCCAACUGACAAAUAAAAAUUUUUAAAUA